CGUCUGUUAGACAGAAAAAGGGAGGGUUGGCUGAGUCAAGAGGAAGCAGAUCUGUGUUAGAACAACCCAGAGUUGAGUAAGCUGUGCUGCCUCCAUGUGGAUUAUAGCCAAACAAGGGACGACAAGCUGUCAAUGAGAACUCCUGCAGUUGUUUAGUUGGGACUUUUUAAAGCCUCAGAGGGAAGUCAGUUUCUCUUUUGCCGCUCCUGCCUGCUGUCGUCGUUUUUACGCCAGGUUAUAUCUUGUGUAGUGCGCGUGCAGUUCGAGGUGUUGCAAAUGAGCGCAAGUCGCAGCUUGUACGAGUUUCAUCAGCGGCGGAUGAAGAGGAGGCAAACCCUCCUCUGAGGAACAGAACCAGCCGAUAAAAGUUGGAUUAUUCAACUCUCCCUGGGUGUAAACUUUAACCUUACCAACAGCGGCGAUGACUUCGGUCUGGAAACGACUCCAACGAGUCGGUAAAAAGGCUUCAAAGUUCCAGUUUAUCGCUUCUUAUCAGGAACUUGUCUUGGAGUGCACGAAGAAAUGGCAACCGGACAAGCUGAGAGUGGUGUGGACCAGGAGGAACAGACGCAUGUGCUCUAAGCUCCACAGUUGGCAACCUGGGAUAAAGAACCCCUACAGGGGAACGGUGAUGUGGCCUGUUCCAGAAAACAUCGACAUCUCCGUUACGUUGUUCAAGGAACCUAAUGCGGAUGAGUUUGAGGACAAGGAAUGGACAUUUGUGCUUGAAGGGGAGAACAAAGGUCACCGCAAGGUGCUAGCUUCUGCUGACAUCAACCUGAAGCGCUUCGCCAGUCCCACGCCGACCCAGACUGACCUGACUCUGAAGCUGAAGCCACUGUCGGUCAAAGUGGUGGAGGCUGAGCUCAAGUUGUCUCUGUCGUGUGUCUUCAUUCGAGAAGGAAAAGCUACUGAUGAAGACAUGCAGAGUCUUGCCAGCCUCAUGAGUGUCAAACCCACUGAUAUUGGCAACCUGGACGACUUCAAUGAGAGCGAUGAAGAGGAGGACCGGAAGUCUGUCACUGCCACAGUUGUUCCACACACACUAACUCGUCCAAACCGUCCCGCUCCCCUUCCUCCUGACAGCCGAACAUCCACUGGAGUCACUUUGCCAGCUUCAGCUGGUGGGCAUGAUGUUGAUCCCUCCACUUCCAUUCUUCAUUCUCGCCCUCCUCUGCCAAAUGCUCCACGUCCCUCUCCCCGGCGUUCCCGACAUCUGUUCUCAGCUGCUAAUGUCCAAUCAGACAUCCAACCUGCACCUGGCCCCUCCCCUCAGCCUUCGCCCAGGUCUAAGCGGACGAAAAUAACCAGCACUGCCCUUUCAGACACUCCUGUGUGUGACUCUGUAACUAGUCCUCCUGAAACGCAGGCCACAGAAAAGCCUCCCCCAGUUCAGAGUGCCUCCUCUGCCUCUUUGCUCCCUGAAAAUUCAGCAACAUCCAAAUCUUCCUGUAAUACGUCUCCAGCUUUUGCAGAAACUUCUUCACCUCUGACCUCAAAUACACCCCCAGCUCUGUCUUCAGAGCUGCUCAAGCUUCCCCAUUCUUCAUCACCAUCACCUAAAACAGCAAUAACAUCCUCAUCCAUGUCUUCUCCAACCACAUCUCUCAUUGUAUCCACUGCUGUGACCCAUAAGCCAAUCUCAGCAGCCUGCCAGCUUCCUGCUCCCAAAUUUACCUCCCUCCAAAGACCCGCUCUGCCCCACGAGAAUCAGUCUGUUCAGCCUCCUGUCACAUGGACCCUCUCUCAGCCCCCUUCUCUGCCCAGAAUCUUCCAGGCAGGGCCAGCUCCUACAGUGCACCAGCAGCGCCCCCAAGAGGUUCAGAUCAUAGAUGAUUCUGCUUCAAGCUCUGGCCGUUCCCACGUUUUCAGACCGCAGGUUGUGAAAUCCUUCGCACGCCCCACCUCUCCCUCUCCUUUAUCCACCAAUUCUUCUCCGCUUUCAUCAUCAUCAUCAUCAUCAUCAUCUCUCCCUAAAUGCCCGCCCUCUGGCUCAGUUACUCAGGGGCUUUGGCCUACAUCAGACCCCGCUCCAGCCACUGGAAACAUUUCCCCCGUCCCUCUGCUGACUAGUCCAGAUCUCGAUGCUCUCUGUGACCCAGAGAUUCCAGCUCUUUCUGCCACCCUUUUAUCCUCUUCGACUUUUUUCUCCUCCUCUCUCAUUUUUACUCAUUCUUCACCUCCUUCUGCUCAAAUCAGCUCUAGUCAAACAGGCUCAUCGGUCUCUGUCCCUCUGGUAGCUAAAGAGACAACUGUAAGUCCAAUGAGCCAAGACAAAACGUCUCCUACCAGUAAACAGACAGACACAAACAGAAGAACAUUGGAAGAGCCAAAGCUGAUUACCGCAGAGAGCAAAGCUGGAAAGACCAGUUCAUCCUCUGGAGAAUCUACCAAGUUGGAAACUUUGGUGACACAGCAGAACCACACAACAGCAGCAGAAGAUCCAGAGACACAUUUAGAAACACCAAAACCAGUUCCAGAGGAAAUUAAAGAACCUGAGAGACCUUUUGUGCAACCAGUAGCCCCUUCUGAACCUUCCCCAAAACCAGCCAGAGAAAGGACAGAUUUGUUGCCCCCAAAACCAAAACAAGAGCUGCAGCAGGAGAAUGACAUCCAGCCACCAGACAAAUCACAACUGGAAGGAGAAGACAAAGAGAAACUACCUAACGCUGCUGAUCAGGAGAAUCUUGUGAUCAUUGAAGAGCCGCUUCUCCAUGAAGAGAACAAACUGUGGGCAGCUAUGGAGGAGACCACAGCCGAGACGGAAGCACAAAGGGGGACGGGAAGUACUGAAAGUCCUGGAUUGAAGGAGGAGGAAGAGGUUGUAGUAGGGGGCCCAGACCACCCACUUCCCGCUGUGGCCCUGAAGCCUGCAUCAGCCCCCUCCUCUGAACAAGGCUCUAGUCUCAGCUUUGAUGUGAAACAACAAAAUAGACCUCACAGUCAGCCUCCUGACCAUCGUUUUAUGUCUCACAUGAAGGAAACAACACAACAAAUUUCAGACCAACAGCCAGUGAAAAAAAGGAGUGAUGGAGCACUUACUAAAAUUGAUUAUGAUGUAAAUGUAACAGAGUUUGCUCAACCUUUGGUGGUGUCUAAACCACCCAGUGGCAUAAGCAUCAGUAAGGUGAACGAGACAAAAAUGCCUGUGAAUUUACAUGGGAGUCCUGAAUUGAAGUCUGAAGAUGACCUGAAGAUCCCCAGUUCAGCCAACAAUCUCUUCAAAGAGCAGCAGCUCCAAGAGGAGGAAAGACUUUUACUGGCUAAGAUUCGACAGAUGUCAGGCGACAUGUCUCCGGUCAGUGGGCCUCGAGCCAUGAAAAGACUCAUUCCCACUCCUGGUGAUAUUGACAUUGAUGUUAUGGAGAAAGGAGUCCCUUCAAGCCCCCCCACUGACACCACUGCUCACAUUCAGCUCUCCAUCAUUACCUGCUCCAAUGAUCUGCAGGAAAUAAGACUAAAUGACACGGAAGAGCCACUUGUAGAGGAAGAAGCGUCAAAGCACAAAACAACCGACGUAUCUGAUGGUGGACCGGUUAAACAAUCGUCUCAUUCCAAAGACACCUCCAGUACACACACCGUCAUUUCCUCACUUCAGUGUGAGAUCAAUAAUUCUCGGCUUCCAACAUUACAAGAGGAAGAAACCCCCGAGCUCAGGACCACUGAUCCAUUUGCAGAGGUCACAGAGGAGGUCAAUGGGAAGGAUGACACUGAGGACCUUGUGAACUCUAGUCAGUCAUUGCUCCAGUGGUGUCAGAGCAUCACCAACAACUACAAGGGUGUAAAGGUCACAAACUUCAGCACGUCCUGGAGAAACGGCCUGGCCUUCUGCGCCAUACUGCACCACUUUCAUCCAGACAAAAUAGAUUUUGAAUGCUUGGUUCCUCAUGACAUCAAGUUAAAUAAUAAGAAGGCAUUUGACGGCUUUGAGGCGCUGGGGAUCUCUCGUCUGCUGGAACCGUCCGACAUGGUUCUGCUGUCCGUCCCUGACCGGCUCAUCGUUAUGACGUACCUCAGCCAAAUCCGCUCACAUUUCACCAACCAGGAGCUGAGCGUACUGCAGAUCGAGCACAACAGCAGCCAGUCCAGUUACGGGCUCGCUCCGUCUGGUCCCGCUCCCACCAACGUCGACGCCGCCGCCUUCUGCAUGGCCAGGCUGAACGAAGGUGUGAGUCUAGAGGAAGGAGGAAGCAGUGCCUUGGUGGUGCCACCACCCAGAACCAAAAGGACUAUUAAAGCGGAAGAAACAAGAAUCCCAGUUCCACCCCCGAGAUCGGUUACCAAAGCUGCCAAAUAUGAACAGGAUGAAGAUGCUUUAUCUCCUACUGAAAAUGCUAAUGACUCAGAGCUGCAGAGUGCAGUUGACACCCAGCCUCCUAAACAAGAAGAAACUAUGCACCUGCAGGACACCAGUCAGUACGUCUUGAGCGAACUGGCGGCACUGGAGACAGAGCAGAAGCACAUCGACAGCAGAGCGGCAGUCGUGGAGAGACGAUUGCGAAGCCUCAUGGAAACAGGGAGUGAUCGUGAUGAAGAGGAGAGAUUGAUCCAGGAAUGGUUCACUUUGGUGAACAAGAAGAACGCUCUGAUACGCCGACAGGACAACCUGGAGCUAUUACAAGAGGAGCAGGAUCUGGAGAGGAGAUUCGAACUUCUCACCAGAGAACUACGAGUUAUGAUGGCUAUAGAAGACUGGCAGAAGACAUCGACUCAGCAGCAGAGGGAGCAGCUGCUCCUUCAGGAGCUGGUGUCUCUGGUUAACCAGCGCGAUGAGAUCAUCAGAGACAUCGACGACAAAGAGAAACGUGCUCGGGAGGAGGACGAGCGGCUGGAGCGAGGUUUGGAGAUGAGGAGGAGGAAAUACAGCAAUAAGGACAAAUGUGUGUUACAGUGAAAAGGACAAGCACAGACUGCAGUUGUCAUUGAAUCCCAAAGUCCCCAAAAGUAUUUUCUUUGAAUGUUAAGAAAAAAAUGAAACUACAAAGAUAUCUGUAGGUUUUCAAGUGCCUUUUCCCUCCUAGAAAUGUUCCCUAAGUCUGAAGCUGGAAAUUGUUGCCUGGAUGUAAUGUGUGUGUUUUAGUGGUAUUAUGUUGGUUUCUUUAAUCUGUUCUUUAUUUAUUGAAGACAUGUGUCAUUUUGUCAUACAUUUAUUGCAUUUCUGGUGUUUUUCAUGUGUUGUGUACAUUUUUUUUGGACAUUAUUCAGUAUUCACACACCAGCUGGUCCUCUGCUUAUUUUUUAUGUUGUGUGUCUCCUGUGCCUUAAUAGGAAGUUUUCGAUUUAUAGGCCAAAAAGCACCAGAGAAUCUAUCUGCUCAGGAGUCAAGUAUGCAAAGAGAUAUGUUCUGUUGCAGGUGACGCUUUUGUCUUUUCUGAUAGUUUAAAAAAAAAUUUAGUAUGUCAAAGCAAUUCAGAAAUUAGUAUAUUUUGUGAUUAUUCGAGCUGGACUCAAUUCCACAAGGUUUUCAGUGCAGAAUGGUUAUUGACGCUUAAAGUGGUAACGCAUCUUAAAAUGUAUCUUUUAAUGUCGGGCCCUGGUGAUUUAAGUCAUCUGCAGCUUCUUUGGAUGUUCUCAUCUUCUUGACUGGUGUAAGUUAAAAAGUUUUGGUAUUUCUGCAUAGUUUGAUGAAUGCGUGCAUGGUUUUUGAUGUGUGCAGUUAAAACGGUACCUAUCAUUCAGUAUGUAGAUUCCAAAUGUUGAUUUCCAUAUUUAUGACUGUUUUAUUCAUGAAUGACAAAUAAAAUAACGUUUAAAAAA